AGUCCAUGUGCAGCUUUUUACGGUAUGUGAAACAGCCUUGUACGGGAAGAGGAGACGAGACUGAACCUUUAAGGGAUCGAUUAAAAGACUGGGUUAGUAUCUUUCUGUUGUAGAUGUGUCUGACUCUUACUGAAAAUCUAAAGGUAGAAUCCCUACCUUUAAUUUAAGCUAUAUUUGUAAAACGAUCUCUCUUUAGUUUGCUAACCCGCUGUGUUAGCAUACAACCGAAGUGCUAUCGUCUCAUUAUAUGUUCCUCUUUCUCUCUGUGUCUGUCUGUCUCCAGUAUUGUCAGGUGGCACCGAGCCUUUGAAUUCCGACACCGUCCAGAAAACCACGGCUUGACCUCUGGGUUUGGGAUCGUUUCCUCUCUCUCUUUCUUUCUCUCUCUCGGUGACUGUUUUGUGUGAACCGAUCAGGGAUGUCUGGACAGAGUAUAACGGACAGGAUAACCGCCGCUCAGCACAGUGUCACCGGCUCGGCGAUUUCAAAAACGGUGUGCAAAGCGACCACGCACGAAAUAAUGGGACCAAAAAAGAAACAUUUGGACUGUGAGUAUUCCCACUGUGAACUAUCUCUUGGUUACUGUUGAUUUGUCUUUGUUUUAUUGUUAGUUGAGGUCGGAGUACAAACCUCUAUGAAUGCGGCGCUGAGGCCUGCACGUGACGUCAACAUGACGUGUAACAAUAACGUUAUGUUAUUCAGCCCCAGUCCACUAAUAUAUACUCAAUAUCAGCAUUUAAAUACACGGUACACUGUUUGAAUGAGUGGCAGGCGCUCUAGACGGCUGCUCUGUCAGCAGGGAUAGACACUAACUAAUCACAUUCACUCAUUCACUCCUGUAUUUGAGGAGGUUUCUUUGUGUGUGUGUUCCUGUUUUGGGAUUAAAAUCUGUGCUUUUACUGUUGCUAAACCAUUUCCUGUUGGGAAUUAUUGUACCUGGCAGCAUUUCAAUAACUUACCUGUUACAGGGUAAACUUAAGAGGGGGUAGUGCUGAGUUAUUCUAUUAAAGUUGAAGUAGGGCUGGGCGAUAUGGAAAAAAGUUUAUCACAAUAUAUUUUUUCUGUAUCAGGUGAUAUUGAUAGAUAUCACGACAUAAAAAAUGAAAUUUAACAGUGCUUAUUGGCAGCAUGUCUUCUGCAAUACAAUAAGCUACUGCAUCUGUGCGGUUUUUGUAUCUCGUUGACGAUUUGUCGUGAGGCAUUGCGCUAGAAAAAGCGGACUGAAUGGUUGACUGUUUUGGCUGCACAGGCGCCAUGGGUGGGUUACAAUGGGGGUUUUAACAUUUUGCAUUGCGCGUACACUGCUGCAUGGCACUACUUCAGGUGGUGAAAAGGAUUCGAGGUAUUUGUGGGAACAUGUACUGAUAUCAUUUUCAGUUCACAUUACUCUGCUUCAUGUCUGACCUCAAAAAACUAAAAUACCUCCACACCACCGAUGUUUUCGUGCCAGUGUUGUUGACGGUGGUUUCAUCAUUUGAGCCUUCAUCUGCGUUUCUGCCAGGGGUAGCACUCAUUUUCUUCUUCUCACCAACAGUGCUGUCAGCUUCAUGUGUUAAACUGUUGUGGUUGUGUGUAUCUGCAGCCUGCUACUACACAGUUGUUUGCUACUUGGUUCUAAUUCAGCACAUGAUUGGUUCAGUGCGAAGCGGACCCAGAGGAACUCUCCUUUUGAGGGAAAUUAAUUUUUGAUAUAAAUGUUGUUUUUGUUAUAUCGCCCAGCCCUAAGUUGAAGUAAAGUUUCUUUGAUCAUAUUUUUAAGCUGAAGUAAAACUUUAAAUCUGUUUGCUAAAAGCACUGAAUACUUACUUGUACCAAAGUGUUUACUAAAGUGUUUUUCCCAAACUUAUCGUUGUAGUGUAACUAACAGAAUUAAUGUUUGCAGUGAUUUUGAAUCUGCACAUUAUUUAGGGUGAAAUAGUUGAAUAUUUCUUACACGGUUACACUUAAGUCAUGACUGAUUGUGUAGAAAAGCUUUUAUAACAAGCCAGAAUUUGGAUUUCAUAUUAUUGGGAUGUAGGUACAAUGUUUGCUUGAUAGAUUUUUUUUUACUGGUUGCAAAUGCUGCAAGAGUUCUUAAUUUUCCGGGAGUAAAAUUUGUUUUCAAGUAACUUUUAAAAUAAUUUUGCCUCUAAAUAUCCAGAAAGAAGAUUUGUGUUUUGACUGGUCAGGUCAGUGGAGCACAGGUGUAACACAAAGGCUACCCAGUGACAAUAGCUUGAGUAAAUGUAAGAAAGUUUUCACACCCCUGAAAACACACAAAAUUUCAAUAAAUUGCCCACUGAUUGGAUGAUAUCUACACUGCCAAAUAAAUAUGUCCUAAUUCUAGUGACACUAUCUUAUCACACUUGAUUAACCAAUGCAGACGUCCAAGGUGCAAUCAUGGAUCUGAUUUCUAGGUAUUUCAAGCCAAACUUUUUAAGUAAGUUCCUUAAAAUAGGUUUUUCAUCUUUUUGAAGAAACAUAUUAAGAAAAUUUUGCUUGCCAUAUUUGCAGACAUUUUUACUCAUAAAGUCAAUGUAAUCACUCGUAAACACAAGCCUCUGCACAUCCAUUGGGUCAGAAAAUGAAAUAGAUGUAUUCAGUAACUUCACCCUGGAUCAAACCUCCAGCACCCUGUUGCUGUUGGUUUUAUUACAGAAUUUGGUUAUGCUUUUGCAUAGUGAAGUGGGGACGUCUUGGCACAGACCAGUUCUUUAACUGGGUUUUUCAGUUAAAAUAAUUGUUUUACUGAGUUUUAUUUCUGUACUGUGGUUUCUAAAAGCAGCCCUCUGUAUGACGCUAUAAGUUUUUUCUCAGGAUGCAUCUUGCUGCAGGUGUAAAUAUGUGAGCUGUGUUUGUUUUAGCUCUUUCUGAAAGUGUGCUUCAACGCUGACAUAGCCUUGAUCUUAGAAAACUGUGUCAGACAGCACUGCUGCUCACUUCAGGAAGAUGCCGUGAGCUUUCGGACUUUGACAGACAGCUUUAUCUCAGGAUACCGGCAAAUUAAUAUUCAGCAGGGUCAGACCAGAGCUACCAUCACCUGAUAGGUUAUUUUGACGCUGAGGUGCUUUUAAUGAGAAGAUCUUUCACCUACAUGCGCAGCUUUUGUGUUUAAUACAUUUGGAGAUGUUUUAUUGCUUGAUCUUGACAUUUUAAACUUUUGGAGGAUUUUGGAAAUGGUGCCAGGUGACACAGAGAGGAAGGAGCAGCUUGUUUGGAAUAUAUGAGCUGCAUUACUUAGAAGAAAUUGGUAAUUUUGCCACAGUGUCAACAGGUCAAGGUAAAGUGUGACUAUGAUCAGAUUGUACUUGGCAACGCUUCUCUGUCGAAAAAUGACACAUUAUUGCUAAGAAGUAUUGACCAAUCAGAAGCAAGCAUUUAGCUGGAUAAUAAAACAAACGCUGGUGCACUACAUUUAGUUGCCUUUUCAUUCGCUGAGCCCCUUGACAGUCCUAUCUCUGCGGUCGCACAGAGAUUGAGGAAGUGGCCUAUGGCAAGCCACCAAGAAGGAUUGCCAUAUGCAUGUGGUUUUGAGGCAAAAGAUAUGAUUUGUAGGGGAAUGUUGCUAGUUCCUCAGCUGAUGCCAGAAGUUUUGCAGCACGUCACCAGUUGCUAGAGCAACAUGCCAGUCCCCCUCAUACAUAUUACACAUCUCUAUCCAGAAUUGUAAUGAAAGUAGAGUAGAGAGUAUGCCGCCUGGAUCACAUUUUUCUUAUCUGUGGUAUUAACUGACCCAGAAACAAACCAUAUAGCCUGUUGCAUAUAACCUGCAACCCUGUCUUUUGGCCUUGUUUGAGCAAUUAAAGCCAAACAUGAUUUUGUAUCUUAUCCGUUUUUCCAUCAGCUCAAACAGUACAAAGUAAUGAGGUCAUGUUCUAGUGAACUUCCUGAUCUCAAACGAUAGGGUCAUAUAUGGUCCCAAUGUGGGGCGCCUGAACUGGUCUUUACCUUAGAUAGCCCAGAGAUCCACCGGCCUGCAGGGUUUCACUUAAGUUGAGGUAUUUAAAGAGGGCUGAAGGGUGCACUUGUGUUUGGAGUUUUUGACCAGCCCUAAUGUGUCCAGCAAACUUCCCUGUGUCCCUCCAAUUAGGAAUGCAGAUGGUGGCCCCCUCUAGGGCUACCACUAAGCUUACACUGCACUACUGUCCGCAUUCUUCAACACCGGCCUGCUAGAUAAACUUAAGUGACAUAACUUCACAAGACCCUGCAGUUAUCAAACACCGCUGAGGGAAGGUUGAACAAUUCAAGCUUUCCGAACUGCUUUGCUUUGCUUAAAUGUUCCACUGUGAAGAGGAAACUUCAGGACACUUCUCUCAGUGUGGUUUUUAGUGUUUGUAAAAGUGCAGGUUGUAAUGUGGUCUUUAAAAUUCCAGGAAUGCUUAUUGUGUACACUUUUUCUUGACUGAAAGUUAUGGUCUAUGGAACGUAAGUGAAGUCUUAGUAGUCCAGGUUAAUUGCUAUCAUGGAAAGAUCACAACACACUGCUGUUAAAGCGCUCAAAGGUCUGCUCUGACACACUGAGUGUGUGACAUCAGCAGUGACUGUUGACCUCAGAUAGUAGCAGAAACAUGUUGACUCCGUCUAUUGCUUUUCUGUCUCUAUACUGAUGGUUAAGUAGGUGCUGAGCUUAAGGUGGAUAUGAGGUAAAGUCAGGGGCUGAAAUAAAGUUAUUUGAAAUAUCUGUUUGAAAUAUUAAAACAAAAUAUGUUGUGUAAUAACACAAAGUGUUUGUGUGUGUCCCUGUGUAUACGUUUGUGUGUAUCCCUGUGUAGCGCCAUCAUGCAGACAGCUAAGCAGCAGCACAGGGUAAUAUACUCUGUGCAUCCAUUUUUAAUGAGUAGGCUUUUUUGGUGUAAAUAUUUACCAGCGUUUGAUGAUUAAAUCUUUGGAAUUCAUUUGCCAAACUUAGGAUCUGCCCACAUUCGAUGCUUGAUUUCAGACCCUGCAUUAUUCUGGUAUUUUAGGCUUUUUUAUUUUCUUACAUCAAUCCUUAAAUUACCUUUUAAACUUUGAGGCAGGUCAACAAGUCGGAACUGUUGAUGCUGCCCUUUAGACUUGAUGUCUCCAAGUUUCUGACAAAGGAAAAUUAAUCUUAUUAUGGUUUUUGUAAACGGUUAAAACAUUGAGGUCCUAUUACAAUACACCUCUCUAACAACAAUAGGGGUGGGAGAAAAAAUCGAUACAGCAUAGUAUCACUACAUUUUGUCUGAUGAUAUAUCGUAUCGUCUCAUUGACAAAGUAUAAUUUUUUUUCAAAUCAAUUGUUAAUAUGAAGUCAAAUCUAUGAUAAUGGAAAAAUAAAAUCACUGUUUGUCCAGUGAGGUUGGCAGAGGUGACAUCAUAGAGCAGGAGAAAGUUAGCACAACAAAUAUAGCAGCAUCUGGGGAAAGCCAUUAAAAAUGCAAACAGGGCACCAAUGAGAUGAACCUGACACAUGAGGUUUGCAAGAUGUGUUACAUGAAAAUAAAAUACUGUGUAGAUAAGACAAACAUAAGGGAAAGACAAAUGCUAAAUUAUCCGAACAGUUCAAAAAAUUGUAUAGAUCGCAAUAUAUUGUAUCGCAAUACUCACUGUAUUGCAAAAUGUUAAAAAUCGCAAUGUUAUCGUAUCGUGGCCCAAGUAUCGUGAUAAUAUCGUAUUGUGGGGCCACUGGUGAUUCCCACCCCUAUACAACACAGCACUGAUAUAGCCUUGCUUCAGUUGUACACAGCAGUCAAAGCGGGGGUGCCGGACCCUCACCUCAGCAGAGAGUCACUUUGACAUGUAAUAGGAAGCGUGGACUAUAAAUGCAUGUCCGGCUGUUUUGAGUGAGCUUAAAAUUAAACCAGUAUUUGUUUAUGUAUUUAAAAUAGUGUUUUUCUAAAAGUAGACUCUUCUAGGAAUUAUUGCAAUACACAGCUUAUGAAAAGUAUCACAAUUUAUCUCAAUAUACCAUGUCAUCACUUCUGUUUUAGGAUAUAAUGGUUGGCAUUACACUUGGGUGACCAAAAAAAUACACCUGAGUGGUCAGUCUGCGUGUGGGAAGCACAGGCUGCUACUUACUCUUUAUUUCACCUAUUCUUUGUUUUCUGCACACCUGACAUUCAUUGUCUCCACAUGCCUGAAUGACAGGACAGAACUAAAAAUAGAGAUUUUCUCCCGAUUCAGCAGAAAAAAACAUAAGCUCAGUAUCAUAUGAGAAGCAGGUGGUCUGUUGCUCCGUGUAAUCAUCGCCCUGUAUGUGUGGACGGUCAACAGUGCUCAAGGUGGCCCAGGAUACAUGAGCAGACACUCUGCCAUACCACUGUGGACACGUGUCCCAGACCACCUCCACAUGUGGCCUGAGUGAUCCGAUCUCAAACUGUGCUCAGGACACAUUGGAGGUUAUUUAUUUAUUUAUUUUUUUUUUAAGGCUGUCUACUUAUGAUACCAUCACCCGGAAUACACGUUAAUACCAGAUGUAAACAGGAUCUAAUCUGUCAUCCUCUGCUGAGACAUGUCUCAGAGGUGCUUACAUAGCUGCUGUGCAAUGUAGAUUGAGAAUAUAUGCAGCUUUAAGAGGGAGAAAUUCUCUAUUAGAUUGCUACCGUAAGUUAUCAAUAAGCUAUUAAAUUAUUUAUUUCUAAACGCACAAGUUGCUACCUUUCCGAAAAAAAAAGCUUUAUAAUACUUUAUCAAUAAUAUUUUCAAUGUUGCACAAAAGUUGGUCUGAAAUUGUGCUUUUCUAUCUCUGUGAUUAUCAUCUGACAAGCACAUAUUUUCCUGGUUACCCAGGUGACCAGCUCGGCCCCAUCCAGAGCAGCAUCUCUGCAUCACCUUUUUAAACCACUGGACAGAGCAGCCAGUGAAAAAGACUCUAGAUAGCCCAACAGCAACCUCAGGGGUAAGACAGUUGAAGGAAAACGAGGUGAAUAAAUGCAAGUUGUUUGUGAUCAUUCAUUUGUAAGUUUCAGAGAAAGCGCAUUUACUCAAACAACAAACCCUUCAACAAAAAUAGGUAUUUAAUGAAAUGUAAAAUAAGUGGUUGCAGCAUCCUGAGCAUCAUAAUUAAUGAGAGAGCCAGUUAGCUAGCUAGCACUUAGAGAGCUACAGUUAAUAUUUGGUUGUAAUUUACAAAAUUGUACUUCAUUAAACACGUCAUGUGACAAACGGAUGUGAUUGCACCAUAAAAUACAGAAUUUAGAAAACUUGAAAUAAUAAAAUCCAACUCCAUAAGACCUUAUGCUUUUGCAUCCUUAGAAUCCCCCCCAGAAUCAUAAAACGUAUCAGAAUAUGGAGCCAUAAUACCUUGUCUGUACAUUUGAACCCUCCCCCAUGGCUUCACCCUCCUACCCUUAAUGUAGUGCUGCCCAAGGAGCAUGUGACUGCAGGGGCAUCAAGUGACAGCCCUUAAAAAGAGUGCUGACACCCGGUCUACCAACUGAGCUGAAUGGAGCCCUCUGUGACGCUGAAAGGUCCGUGAGAUUCAAUAGCACGGCCCGGACUAGAUUCCAAUGAUAUGCCUUCUCCUUUAAUCAACCAGAGCUCACAGCACUGAAGCUGAGAGGUCUUGUCAACAGGUGACACCCUACUGUCGAAUGAUUCUAGACAAUCGGUGUCAGACUUAAGUUUGUCUGUUUUAUGCAGUACUCCUUUAUGCUUACAAUCCUUCAUUAAAAAUAACAAUAACAGGUAGUGGUCUUAUACUGGGGUACACAUCUAAAGCCUGCUUCCAGUAGCUCUACAGUAAGCCAGUGGAAAACUCUGAAUUUUCACAAUGUGGUGAAAGUUUCAGAUUUCCCUGUGAGUUUACCUAAUUUAGACAUUUCCUGAAGCAGGAAGUGUUGCUCUUGUUCAUGGAGCAAGCCUUAGAUGACGAAGAGCAAAUUUGUCCAUAGGAAGUCAUUGCACGACCCAACCCCUUCCUACUGCACAUGGGAACUGAGCUGAUCACAUGAGAGAUUGGCUGGGAUACUUUUGAUGCAUCUCUCUGUGAUUAUGCUGUUAAUUACAAUUAUAUAAGACUCCAGCCGCUCCGCAUGACCGCCGGAAUUCCCUCGACAACCCAGAAAUUCCUCAAUCCUGCUAUUUUAGGAUUCCUUAAAUGGAGAUGCAUGUAACUGAAAACCCUUAAUGUGUAAACCAAAAGGAGUUACACACAUAACAAAGCUGCCAAAAGGAAAAGUUGAAGCACCUGUUUUUUAUUUUUUAGCUGUUGUUAAAAUAGAUUCAACUUAAAUCAGUGUCUCUGUCGAGCUACAAAAAGACUCUUAGCACAGAUUUUGAAUGCAUGAAACUGCUGCUGCUGUUUUGUCUUGAUUAGCUCACCUUGUUGACACGUGUCAAGCGUAAGAGCAGGCAGUCAGUACAUAUCCCACUAGCUGGUAUCAUCUGUUGGUAACCUAUUGCUGCUAUUAGCGGUGAGUGAUAUGGCCUCAAAAUCUCAAUAUAAAUUCAAAAAUUGGUCAUAAUGAAAUAGAUUACAGUAAUUCAAGAAUAAAAUCCCUGAACAAAAUUAAGGGUCUGUGCAUGAGUCUCAGGAAAUCAUAAAUCAUAUUUUAGAAGAUGUGGAUAGACAUCUACCAUAAGGUCGCCCUGCCUUAUUAGAGAUAAUGAUGCGUUUAUGCAGCAUGGUAUGCUAAUUACUGACAGGUGUUCUGUUGAAUUGUGCUACCUUGUCAAAAACAAGCUUCUUCAGCACAAAUGCUGUGUUCAAAUUACCUCGGAAGUCAGAUGUUGGAGCUGAAAAUGGCAUCACAUCCGAGUUACCAGCGUUUCAGUUACCAAGUCGGAAAAAAAUUAAACAAGAUGGCUACAUGUAAGAAAGUUAUUUUGGCGCUUGCCUUAUAUUUGGACAAGGCUAGUGCUAAAAUUACCUCUGUAGAUGUAGUGAUCUUGCGUCCGCCUCCGAUGAUGCUUUUUUCUGACUUGGUAACUGAAACGCUGGUAACUCGGAUGUGAUGUCGUUUUCAGCUUCUAACUUCUGACUUCCAAGGUAACUUGAACGCAGCAAAAUCAACAGUGACCUUAUUCUGCAAAGAUCUCUGGGUGUUGUGAACAUUGAAUUUAGAAAGCUGUCAUGUGUUCAUGUCAUCUGAUUAUCAUGCAUCAUUGUUUUAGUUUUAGACAGACACUGCAGGGUGCUUUUAUCAGGUGUCCUUUGAAAUGAGCAAGUUUCUCCUCCAACCUUGUAUCCAUAGGGUGCACAUACUCACCGGGAACAACACACUCAGUCUUGUUAUCAGAAAUGUGUCUCCAGAUUGUCUCCUUUUCUGCCUUCCCAGCAUUCAGGCCGCAGGUUGUAAUAAAGCUCUAAUUUUUUUGAUGCUUGCUGCCAGCAGGUGUUUAGAUAGUCUUUUGAUAGGAUCGCUAAUAGUUGUUUGACUUGUUUGUCCUGACAGAGCAAACUAUUUUGUCCAAUCAGCAUUUAUAAACAGAGAUCUUGCCACAAUUAAGCUACUUUUUAUGUCGUCCUCUGUACUAAUUCUUGAAACAUUUGCAUAUUGAUUAUUGUCAACAUUAUCAUUGACCAAUGAACAUUGUGUGAAGCAGUUUCAUCUCUGUUUUAUUUGAUUAGAUUGAUUGUAAUGAAGAGAACCGGUGACGCAGAGAAAUGCUGUUUUUUGUGAGAUGUCUGUGAGGUCACAACUUGUCAUAUGCGGUAGGUCAGCACUAACAGCUGAAAUAGAGAAGUGUUUUUUCUGUGAUACUGGGAAUCCACUGCACUUCCUCUCGUGUCCACUUUACAAAACACUUGACUCAUGACUUCCUCUGUCAUGUUUUCAGUAUAUUUUUUAUUAGCUCCAUCUUAUUGUUGCCACCCUCUCCUGCUACCCUCGUGAAAUCCUCCAAGUGCACAAACCUUUCUAAAAUCUGGGAGUGUUGUGUGCUUAGAUGCUUUAUUUCUGCUGAUUUGAGCUUGUGUUACAGAGAUAAACCAGUUCUAAUUCCAUCUGUAAUGUGAAGAUGUGAAAAAAACAAAAACAAUUCCUUCUUAAAAAAAAAACCUUGUCGGUGAAGUUUCUUCCCAAAUCCAAACUUUAGACUUCGGUGCACGUUAAAUUGCCUGUUUUUUUAGAAAGGUUAGUGGACAAUCUCUGUUUAUUUGUGAGCAUCACUUUGAUUUGAAUGGCAUGAAUUGUUUCACGAUUUAAUGCAUCAUAAUUGGACAGGCAAGGUGUAAGGGAAUUGAUGAGCUCAAAUGAUUUUCAUUUUUUUGAAAGACGCGAGUCCCUAAUACCCACCCAGUGUUUGGUCCUCAUCCCUACUGAUAAAGCCUGGUUCAUGCUCCUGCACUGACUCGACACUGUAGCUACCCACAUACUUGCACGGUUGAAUGUCUGCAAAGCUCUGCAUUACUCUGCUUCUGUGAAUUCUAGCUAUUUUAUAUCUAUUGAUGUUUUCGAUUUUGUUUGUCUUUAUUGAUGGAACAGCUGAAGAGAGACAGAAAAUGUGGGGGGUAGAGAGUGGGAAAAGGGACUUGACCAGGAGUCAAACCAGCGAUUGUUGUGAUGAGGACUGUAUGGUUCACUAGACUGAUUGGUUGCGCACAGGAAACCAUGGCGACUGAAUGUGAGGUCAUGGUUCAGCAGUUGUUGAUCAUAUUGCAGUUAUUGUAAACAAGGAAAGAGAGGAAAUGCCCAAAGAAUGUGCAGCCACUGAAUCAUUGUAGGCAAAGGAAGGGGAAACACUGCAGCAAUACUGGGAAUGUCUGCUGCCAAUCUGACCAACCACACAACGUUUAGACUGCGUGGAUACAUUUUUGAGGAGGUGCAUAUCAGGCCAUGUAUGCAGGCUUUUGCAUAGGUGUAGGAUGAUGCAGCCUACCAUGUAAGCUAUGGCGCAGCUCUGAUGCAGGAGUAUAAUCCCAAUCAGUGUUCCAUCAGUGCUGCUCUGGGUGUGAAAUUUAUAAUGGUCUGUCAUCUCAUUAGUUUAAUGUUGUUGCAAAUUUAGAUUGAGUGUGAAUCAGCUAUGACUAGGGGUGUCCUGAUACAACUUUUUGACUUCCGGUACGAUACCGAUAUUUUAGCCUUCAAUAUUGACCGAUAUUGAAUUGAUCCGAUAUCAGCACAAACUUGCGCAUGACAAGUUUUUCACUCAGCUGCAAUGUCUUUUUUGGACUUAUCUAAAAAAUACUGCCACAUGGUCAACAUCACUCCUACUCCUUGCUACUUUGUUCGUACCUUAGUGCACCCUGUUGUUUUGAGUUUGCGGGCUCAGUUUGCUGGAUCCGGGCACUGCUCAAUAGAGGCGCUCAUGUGAAGUCUGGAAUGGACUGCUUGUAUCGGAGUGCUGAUAUUGGAGAUUUUAGAUGCAGGCCGAUUUAAUCCGAUAUUUGUUUCUUUGCUGAUAUCAGACUGAUAUCCGAUAUCAAUACCAUAUCGGGACACCCCUAGCUAUGACUAUUUAAACUUCAUUAUUGCAGCCAUGACAGCUUGUCACAAUGUCAGGAGGGAGGGUGUAGGAAUAUUCUAUGUACAUAAACUUCACUCUGUUCAUUGGUUAAGUGUGUUACAGCUAUGUUAGCAUGGGUUAAGUGGGUUCAAAUGUUUUUUUUUAAUCUCAUAUAACACAUUGCUAACUUUUUUUUUUCUGUCGACAUAAGAUAUACCUUUAUUAGAAAUUGCAAAAAUUACAGCAGCGUAGAUCCAAGUGAAAAAGAAAAAUUCAAGGAUGAAGAAACUUGAGUUAACUCAAGACAAAUAUAUGUACAUGAGUCUUAUUCACAUUCCUACAUUUACAUUUGAUAUUUCCAUGAAGACGGGUGUGCCGAAGAAGAAAGAGUUUUUUGAGAUGAAUCCAGAUUUAUGGGUUGUUGCCUCUCUGCAUUUGGCACAUGCAGAGUACAGAUGAAUUAAUCCUGCACGUCUGUGGUGGUGAGAACUGCUCACAGGCCUUAAACUGAAACUCAGAAGUGAGUCUGCACAAGCUGAAAUGUAUGCAGGUCAUUCCAGCCCACAGACCGAGUGUGGGUUCUAUAGGCUGCUUGUUGGUCAGCUGUAAGUGACAUUUAAACGUGUGAUUAUAAUGACAGACGAGGCUGAAAUAACCUCUUUGUCUAAUCUGACACGCUUCAUCUCAGAUUUUUGCUGACAGGACGCUUCUUGUUCGAUGUUUGCCAACAGCUGUGUUAGUACUCUAUAGAUGUGUGAGGAGGACGAUCUCAGAAAAGGAAAUGUUUUUGCGGUUUUAACAAUUUCACUUCCGCUUUCACAUAUGAUUCUAAGGAAGUCCAUGGGUUUCAAAUAUAUUUCACACAAUGCCUGUUUCACAAACAGAGAGGAGCGUUUGCUACUUUGACACAUUCUCAGAAUACCACAAGGAAGCUCAACCCAGUCAGCAGCACCGAGCGGCAGAGGUAGAAAGUAGAGCUGGUAUGAAAGGAGGAGGAAGACUCUGGGCUUUAUCUGAAAUCAAUGAUGUCAUAAAACUUGUUCAGCAGAACAACAAACAGAUCAGUAAAGUCAUACCUCGUCUGAAGACUCCUCUACAGUUUACUGUACACCACAGAAGUUCUGAGCAGCAGCUUUUGUUUGGACGAACAUGACAAACUAUAGCAGUGCUUCAGAUAAUUAGCUGAACUCGUGCUGCGGCUGUUUUUGUUUAUUUGUUGAAUAAGUUGAGAAGCUUAAAAGUUCAUGUUUGACUCUGCCUAAGCCAGCUGUUUCAAGUACUUUUGAUCCAAAUCCCAGCAGACAGCUUGUCCUAAUUAUUAAGAGCUUUUUAUUGUUUGCCUGGUAAAUCAAAAUGAAUGGUCAGUAUAGAAAGUAGCUGAUUCUGUGGCAUGAGUGCAGAACAGUGUCUGGGAUGUCAGUACAGGGUCUGUCAAGCUAUGUAACUAUAUGGGGACAGUGACACAAUAACUGAUGUUGAUCCUUUUCUAUCUAGAGCUGGUCAGUAUUGCCAAAAAUGUUCAUAACUAUAACAAUAAAGUCUUUCUAUUAGACAGUUUUUAUAAUUUUCAUGAUAAACGUCAAAUCCAUUUAUCUCUGAAAUUUAAAGGCUGAUUUUAAUUUCUGGAUGAAAUUUUAAGGAAUCAGGGGAUUUAUCAGCUCAUAUCCGAGGUCAAGUACUCUGAUAAUUUUCAUUCCCAUAAUUUUCAAUGCAAUUGCAUUUGUCAUAUUUUUGUGUUAUUUCCACUUUUUAUUUCUUCAGGCAUUAUAUUUGAAAACACUGAUAUUGGACUAUGCUGCAUGCUCUUAGGUGGUCCUAAACUACAGUCCCAACAGUGGUUUAGGACUGUGAUUUCUUGUUUUCAGUGUUAUGAAACAGGUGAUGUAGUUUGAAGUGAUGGUAAAGGUUUUGGUGUUGUACAUCUUAGCCAAGACAUAUUUAUUUUUAGAUUCUUUGCAGUGUCUGCGGCUCUGAUAGCCAAAUAUCUCUGGCUCUAAAGUUGGGUGGCUAUUGAUGUUGAAAAUGUUUUGGUCCUGCUUUGAGCUGGGAGGCAGCGAGCUUUCUUUAAUGUUGCUGUCUUUCAUUUUAACAUCCCACUCUGAACGUCUAUAAGCCUGCUGAUGCCUCUCCAUGAUGACUGCCUGUUUGUUGUCCUCUUAAAAAACUCACCCUUAGGGCACAUUAACUCCUCCUUUGUCACUGUUAGGGUGGCGUAAUUACAAGAAUAAUUCAUCACACUUGAAGAAAUAUUUUUAUUAUGUUUUUUUAUUUAUUAAAUAGCAUUUUUCUAUCUAUUUUAUUUCUCUGCAUACAUGUUUGAAAUGAAUAAAUAAAUAAAUUAAUUAAUUCAUAAAAAGUACCAAGAUAAUUACCAUAACUCUUUCAUUUUGAGGUGGCUCUUCUUUACAACUAUAUGCUGCUUGCUGUGUAUCAAUAACUCACUUAAGGUUGUGGUGUUUUACUUAAGAGCUGAACUGCUGUGUUGAUCCAAAGCCUGAAAAAGAAGCACCAACUCACAGCAGAGCUGCUGUCUUUCAGUACAAAGUUUCCCUCUCAUAUGAUAUUACAUAACUCGCACUUUCAUGUCACAAGACAAACUUAUCUUUCUGAUGUUAGACACGUUAUAAACUUUUUUAAAGGGACUUCACUGUUACUGGCCACACUUAAUUCCUUUUCAAGGCUGUUAUUGCUGUCUUAUUGUUUGAACCAAACCUUUGCAUGCAUUAUUUCGGUUAUCUAGCUAAUAAACUCAGAGGCUUUGUUCAGGCUGAGUUACUGUAUGGUUACUUGUGUGUGCAAAACAAACUUAAGGAACAGCAGUGAUAGAAGUUGGUGUGUGGCCUCAGCACCCCACAGCCAUUUGAGUUAUGUCUGAAAAGGCUAUUGUUGUCACAUGGGCGGCCUAUUGUGCCGUUUCCAACAGAAACUGAAGGCUUGUAGAUCGCUCAUGUCAACAGACUUGAAUGGGUGACAGCCACCCUUCACACAACACUUGUUGUAAACCAUUAACUCGAACCAGAUAGUUCAAAGGUUUGAUCAGAUAUGACCCUGGACAAGAACACAGCAGGAAGAUGUAAUGUCUAUUCAGCCCACAUUACGUCAGUUAUAAAAACUGUUCUUUCUAUUUUACAUUGUAUGGUUUGGUUUUUGACUAAAUUCUGAGAUUUUUCGUUUGGAAAAAACUCAAAGUCUGAUUACAUUUAACUAAACUGUCUAGCAGUAGACAACAAGGAAUUCUCAUUAAGUAUAAACUCAAAUGAAGUUGUAAAAAAGACAAGGGAAAACAUAGAAACACUCAAACUUUAAUUGCAAGGAGUGCAGUCAAGAAUGUGCUGAAGCAGAGAGAGAGGGGGCUCUGUGUUUUUAGUGAUACUCGGGAGCUCUGAUGAGCUCUGGCAUCAUUGAUCAGUCUCAUGGUCUGCAUGGAGAGAGGAAGCAGGAGGCAUUUUGCUUUCAGUUCAGAGCAGAUGGUCAUGGCACACAGCCAUGGCAGCCAGGCUAAGGAUGUUUGUGUGCCCUGUCAGUCCACAAAACAGACACGCUCACUUUGUGAGUUUGUGGUCAAGCAGUGAAGAAAAUCACUGGUAGUCUGACUUUUAAUGACCAGAUAAAGUGAUUAAAAUAAUUGUAAAAAAAGCUCCACAUUUCACAUGCUUGUGUACAGAGCUCUGAGCAUGAUCAGUACUUGUCUCUCACUACUUCCUGACAAGGUUUGUUGUAUUUACUGAUCAUUACAUCUCAACUCAGCAUUGUUUGCUUUUGGCAUUUGCUUUGUUUUCUGAGCCUCACUGUCCCUGAAAGCCCACACCUUUCAACAGCUAUUCCCCAGAGGGGAGUAAAUAUUAGAGUGAUACUGAAAAAUCCCCACUACAGCUCUGUCUAGUGGCAGGCAGCAGUGCUACAGUUUAUACACCAGAAGUGGCAGAGAUGAUUGAAAAUAGGCAAAGAUAUUGGAGACUGCAGAGGGCAAGGUGAUGACAACAGGGCAAUCAUAUCAGAAGGGGUCAAUGGAGUCCAAGCCUAGAUAUUUAAGAAAAAUCAUCAAGCUAUAUUUUCACUCUGCACCUCCCACACCUUAAAUCUUGUAGGUGUGCAUGCUGCACAGACGAGCCCUGAAGAAUAUUUUUGGCUAUGUCAAUCACCUUUACUCACUUUUUAGUGCCAGCCCAGAAUGCUGGGCCACCUUCAAAGAGAAAACAAGUUUCUCUUUGCAUUCGCCUUUUAGAUACCGACUGGAAUCUUGUCUAUUAAACCUAUAGCACAACACUUUCCUUCUGUCAUUGAUGCCCUUGACAGUAUACUCACUACACCUAGUCUCACCAUCAAGACCAGAUUAGAGGCUAGUGGUCUGACAAACUACUUCAUGUCAUUCAAUGCUAUUGCCCUACUCACUGUCUGGCUCAAAAUACUGCAGUGCAUUGAUGACAGGAAUGUGGUUAUGCAGUCUGGAAAAAUCUCCCAUGACACAAAGGUAGCCAAAUAUCAAUGCCUUAACAAAAGAGAUGCUGGCUCUCAGAGAUGGUUGGAAAGAGGGCUGGGCGAUAAACCGAAAAUUUACUGAUACAAAAUUCAUGACAAUAACCGACGUUAUUUUGCCCAUGUCAAUAUAUUCGGUGUCAAAAAAAUAAAUAAAUAAAAGUUGGUUUUGGAUGUGUGUAGUUAGGCUAUGGUCUCAUGUCCCUUAAGAUGCUGUCGUAUGUCGGAGACGUGACUCCAGCCCAUCAAGUCUAUAACAAAGAGGGAAAGACAGGUGAGGAGAUGGAGGACGGUUCAAAAGUUGUGGCAGCUGGAGCGGUAGCUGAAGUAGACAAAGUUAAUGAGGGAAGGGGUGAGCAGCUUGUGGAGUAGUUAUCGUCCAUUUAUCAUUGAGGUGAACUGCUCAAUAUAUUGUGAUAUUGAUUUGAGGCCAUAUCGCCCAGCCCUAUAUGGAAGUCACUCCUGACUGAGGCAACACUCAAAGAUGUCAGACCUCAGUUUAGCAAGGAGUUGGCAAAAGAAAAGAAAGAGAUUCCACGAUAAGAUCUCUGAAGAUGGGACAGCUCAGGAUAAUGCAGCAACAGUGUUUUUGGAACACAGUGUUUUUUUUUUACUGCUAUGAACAGCAUCACAAGUGAUCUGGACACCAGGUUCUGGACCUCUACAAAAAUAGCUGAGGAAUUCUCUGCUGUUUUCAAAGUUGGGCAGAUCAGUGAGGAUAAAGACCCAUCUGUGUGCCAACUACCUCUCAAGAAGUAUUCCAGAGAUCUCAUGUCUGAGUUUGAAAACGAGAUAAGACACCGGAACAACACAGUAUAUGCUCUUCUAACUUGUCCCCUCUUGGCAUCCUGAAUGCAAUGAACAAGCUGCAGUUACAUUACAUUUUUGAAGUGUACUUUGCUCUACGUUUAUUUUGUACAUUGCUUGUAACUGUUGAUAGUGGGGAUAGAGACUUUAGUAAGCUAAAACUAAUUAAAAAAAAUUGAGGUCCAUGAUGUCUCAGGACAGGCUUUGCAGUCUUGCUAUGUUGGCCACUGAAAGUCUGCUGGUCAGAAGGCUAGACUUUAAUGACUUUAAUGACUUGACCCAGAAGUUUGGUUACUAUGAGUCCUUUGUUCUUAUCCAUACAAUGUUAAUUUAUUUUUUUAAUUUUCUGUUUCUGGUACUGUUUGUUAGGAUCAUAUUUCAAACCUCAAAACCUAUAAAUUUAGUGAUCACCUGUUUUCUACUACUAUAAUAACCCUGAUGUGGAAAAAAUCAUAGAAAUUUAAGAUGGAUUUUAGCACACUCUUUACAGUGGUUUUUGAUCUGGCAACAAAUAGUGAACUACAUACUAUGUGCAGACUUGCAUGUAUAAAUCACCAACAGUAAAUAUUGUGCUAGUACAAUAUUGUUGGUAGACAGUUGAAAGCUUUAAAUUUGAGUUAUGUAAAACUUUUGAUGGGACAGUUCGGUCCUACCGUAUUAUAAAUAUUACUAUAUUUAUUGCUUAUUUAUCGCUCUAGUUUUUUUUCAUGUAUUGGCAUUUAUUAUGAUGUGUGCUGCUGACCUCUUGGCCAGGUCACUCUUGUAAAUGAGAUCAUGAUCUCAAUGUGAUUUUUCCUGGUUAAAUAAAGGUUAAAUAAAAUAAAAAGAGAUGUGGUGACAAUCUCUGCGCAGAGGGGGCUCAAUUGAUUUUUUUUGUCAUGGGGCCCAAAAUUCCUGACGGUGCCCCUGUGUUUAUGAAACGCCAGGACGGAGUGAGCAGGACUAAAAAGAGGCUGUAGCAAUCAUAGGCAUACACAAGCAUUAAUAAGUUAACUAGGGCCCCGGUGGGGCACUGUCGGGCCCGAGCCGCGUCGCGCCGCCCCCAGCGUGACCGCCUCCCCCUCCCGAUCGCAUCACACUCAAGGUCCAAAGAUGGUGUGCGCACUUGUCUGUGGUCAUUUCCCAUUAUAAUGAAUGGGAGGCGCAGUUUCUACCAAAACGGUCGCUGCAGACAAACUACAUGUCCUAUUUGAAAAAAGUCUGGACCAUGAGUGAGGGCACAAACACAGCUAGGAUAUAUCCAAAUGGCAAGUUGCUCCUCCUUACGGUGUUGCCGGGAGAGUGAUGCAAUUGAGCCAUUGAGCGAUGGGCAGGGUUAACUGGACUUUUUCUCCUGCCUUGGGGUGGGGGAUGUGGAUUCUUUUAAGAAUGUGGAUAUUUGGGUCAUCUUUGGCGCCCCCUAGAACGUAAACCAUGGGGUGCAGCGGCAUGAUUUUUACAACUUUGAAUGGCCAUGGGAUGUAGAUCGGCUUGAGCAAAUUUGGUGUCGGUGGGACGAAGGCCUUAGGAGGAGUUAGCCACAUUCCAAUGUGUGCGAAUCGGCAAAAAAUGCGAAAUAGCCCUUUAACCGUACAUUUUACAGAUACGUGCCCAUUGACUUUUUCGUAGAUCUUAUUGAGAUACACGUGUGUGUCAAAUUUUGUGUCAUUUUGACAAAGCGUAUAGGCGUGACAGUCAACAAUGUGUUUUUUCACCUUAGGGGACAAGAAAAAAUUGACUUUUUUCUCCUGCCAUGGGGGGGCGCUCUUUUCGGGAGUAAAAAUUCCUUUACAAAUGUGUUGAUGGCUGGACAUUGCAUCAUCCUAGAAAACUUGGAGGCCAGUGAGGACAAAAAUAAAAAGUUAUAAGACUAUUAAGAAUGUGGAUUUUUGGGUUAUCUUUGGCGCCCCCUAGAACCUAAACCGUGGAGUGCAGCGUCAUGAUUUGUACAACUUUUAAUGGCCAUGGGGUGUAGAUUGGCCUGAGCAAAUUUGGUGGCGGUGGAACUAAAGCCUUCGGAGGAGUUAGCGAAAUUCCAAUGUGUGCGGAUCGGGAAAAAAUGCGAAAUAACCCUUUAACCGUACAUUUUACAGAUACGUGCCCACUGACUUUUUCGUAGAUCUUAUUGAGAUACACGUGAUUGUCAAAUUUUGGGUCAAUAUGACAAAGCGUAUAGGCGUGACACUCAACAAUGUGUAUUUUCACCUUAGGGGACAAGAAAAAAUUGACUUUUUUCUCCUGCCAUGUGGGGGCGCUCUUUUGGGGAGUAAAAAUUCCUUCACAAAUGUGUUGAUGGCUGGACAUUGCAUCAUCCUAGAGAACUUGGAGGCCAGUGAGGACAAAAAUAAAAAGUUAUAAGACUUUUAAGACUGUGGAUUUUUGGGUUAUCUUUGGCGCCCCCUAGAACGUAAACUGUGGGGUGCAGCGUCAUGAUUUGUACAACUUUUAAUGGCCAUGGGGUGUAGAUUGGCCUGAGCAAAUGUGGUGCCGGUGGAACGAAUGCCUUCGGAGGAGUUAGCGAAAUUCCAAUGUGUGCAGAUCGGCAAAAAAUGCGAAAUAACCCUCUAACCGUACAUUUCACAGAUGCGCCCGCGCUGACUUUUUCGUAGACCGUAUUGAGAUACACGUAUGUGUCAAUUUUUGUGUCAAUAUGACAAAGCGUACAGGCGUGACAGUCAAUAGUGUGAAUUUUCACCUUAGGGGGCGCUAUGGAGCCAUUUUGCAUUUUAUUGUUUGGGCGACUUCAGAAUAUCGAAUUUUUCACCAGGCCCGGUCGUCCUGCCAAAUUUCAUGAGUUUUCGCCAGUGGGAAGUGGGCCAUUUUCCCCUUCAAAGGGGAGGAAAAAUAAGAAGAAAGAAAGAAAGAAAGAAGAAAGAAAAACCUAUACAGGAAUAAUAGGGCUCUACGCCCGGCUGCUCUGCAGCUGGCUCGGGCCCUAAUGACUCCCAAGCUAAACAAGGAGUGACAUAAAUCCACAUUAUAGUAAAAUAUUAGCCUCAAAUCUUUGGGCAAUGGAAGGAAAGGACUUCAAAAAGUUGAGUGAUAUGUUUGACUCACCGAAAGUUAGAGUCAUCAGUGUUUAUAGUGACCUUCAUGUAGUGUGCUGUUACUGAAACAGGUCAGAGACUUUGAAGGCUACAAGCUUAAAAUGUCACUUUUGACCGUAGAACAAACUCUAAAAGUACUGGGCUCUCCGUUUGUCCUCCUGCAGACUUGAUCCAGUGUACAAAUGAGAUGAAUGUGAACAUCCCUCAGCUGGCUGACACACUGUUCGAGAGGACCACGAACACCAGCUGGGUGGUUGUCUUCAAGUCUCUCAUCACCACACACCAUCUGAUGGUCUAUGGCAAUGAGGUGAGUGCCUAAGGAAUCGGAUGGGGAUAAAGUCUGCUCAUUUAUAAAUGUGUUCAGCUGAAUGUAUUUAUCAUGAACCUGGCGAGGUAAAGACUAAACGUGAUAUGUCUCUGGAGAGGGAGUCAGUUUGAAGGUGUAACAAGAACUGCUGUCAUCGUUUUUUGCUUGCAGAGAUUUAUACAGUACCUGGCUUCAAGAAACACGCUAUUCAACCUCAGCAACUUUCUGGACAAGAGUGGUCUCCAAGGUAUGCACCAGCAGUGUUCACAUGAUGCAGUAAUCAGCCUUUAGAGACUGAGAAUUCAUGUGUGAUUUAACAUUUCUGUCCCUUUUUUGUUGUGUUGUUGUUUGUGACGCAGGCUACGAUAUGUCAACCUUCAUAAGGAGGUACAGCCGCUACCUGAAUGAGAAGGCUGUGUCCUACAGACAAGUGGCUUUCGACUUCACUAAAGUUAAAAGAGGGUGAGGAGCAUCCACUCAGACUGACUUUUACUUUGUGACCGAACUGAUCCUUAAUGAUACUGAAAAAGGGCAUUGCAACAUUUUUAUUCUUCAGAAGUGAUGUUUGACAAUUUUAGAACAAGAUCAUUUAAAGCAGUGGUUCUCAAGUCCAGUCCUCGAGGCCCACUGUCCUGCAUGUUUUGGAUGUUUCCCUGCUCCAACACACCUGAUUCAAAUGAUCAGCUCGUUAUCAAGCUCUGUAAUGGCUUAAUAACGAGCUGAUCAUUUGAAUCAGGUGUGUUGGAGCAGGAUAUCCAAAACAUGCAGGACAGUGGGCCUCGAGGACUGGACUUGAGAAACACUGCUUUAAAGGUUGUUAAUAAGGGUGCCACCAUCAGAAUUUUUAGCAUUUAAAAUUCAAGGUUUUUAUUCUGUUAAUUCAGCCACCAGGAUAAUGACAUAUUCUGGAACCAGUUAGUCCUCUCUAUCCAAGUGUUGUACCAGAGGGUACCAGAAUUUUCACUGCAAUACAAUUAUUAAAAAAUUUUGACAUCUGUUUUGAUAUCAUGGCAACUGAAAAGGGAAAAUAGAUUAGAAUUUUCCCAAAAUAAACUAGAAUUUGUCCUUCAAAUUAUUAGUUUGCAUCUUCCUGCUUAGGUGUGUGCAUGUUUGUGAGCUAUUUAGAGCAGUGGUUUCCAACCAACUGUUCAGGCCAGUUAGGGUGUAGGAAGUGACCAAAAGCUGACGUACAAGUCACGGUAAGCAUUUCAAUAUAAAAAGACACAAAACGACCGACAGAUAUUUACAGCAAAUAAAAAAAAAACUCAACAUAUUAACAUGCUAUGUGCAAAACUUUUCCUCUGUACUAUAUAGAAACAGUGUUAUCGGGAUGUAGCUUAAUAUUAGUCAUCACAUUCUGGUCACACUGUUCCUGAAUAGUUCAGAUGGCUGUCUGCUGACAGAACCGAGUAGAGCAGAAAAACACAUUUUUCCUCACCUCCUUUUGAAAGAACAUUGAAGUCGAUGUUGUUUUGCAGCAGUUAUGCAUGAUUUUUCUUACAUGAGGAUAUGGAUGUUGCAUUUCUUUAAACACAUGCUGUUGAAAAACACUAGAAAAGCAAGAAGUUGACAACUUUAGCUCCAACACUUAAAUUAUCUGUUGGCUCUUCUGAUGAUCAGAUGCUGGUUUAUGUUUACAAGCUAAUUUUCUUUUUACCAUUAGCCCUGGUUGGUGGUAUUAACUGUCCCAUUGACAUCAAACCAAUAAAGCCAGUGUCCCAGAGAUGUCUGUGUUUGACUCCCUCUCUGCUUUUUUCCCCCUCAGGUCUGAUGGUGUGAUGAGAACCAUGAACACAGAGAAGCUCCUCAAGACCAUCCCGAUCAUUCAGAAUCAGAUGGAUGUGCUCCUUGAUUUCAAUGUAAGAGUCCACUAUUGGCUUCACACUUCAGUAGUGAAGUCAGUAGUUAACAAAUAAAUCUCUACAUCUGGAGUGCAUUUUGGAUUUAAAAUCAAAUGUCUUAAACACCUCUGUCUCUUCAGGUCAAUGCCAAUGAACUGACGAAUGGUGUGAUCAAUGCGGCCUUCAUGCUUCUGUUCAAAGAUGCUAUUCGACUGUUUGCUGCAUACAACGAGGGCAUCAUUAACCUCCUGGGUAAAGACAAACUUUUGGUUUGAAAGUUGCUAGUUUGAUCAAUUCUUUUCCAAGCCGUUCUUGCAAGCAAACAAUAAAAGGACUCAUUAUAGAUGAUAGUACUGAAGCUGUGCAACCAAGGUUGGCCUAAUAAUACUUGUUGGCAUUCCCCCUACAGUCUAUGUACCGCUUUAGUCUUUAAUUGACAGACUAAAAGGUGUCACAAGCAUGCUCUGCAAAACUGCACGGCACACUGAUCUUGUCUGUGGUUGACCUCUUUUAGACACAAUAAGUAUUUACAGUGUUAUUUCUAAUCUAUGAAUCAGCAACCUCUGCAGGUGUAGUACAGUUCAGUUGUAGUUACAGUGUUUCAUGCUCUAUUUUUUUGCUUACUCUUCUGUUAACAGAGAAAUACUUUGACAUGAAGAAGAUUCAAUGCAAAGAGGGGCUUGAUAUCUAUAAGAAGUUCCUAACACGAAUGACAAGAAUCUCAGAGUUUCUCAAAGUUGCAGAGGUAAGUCAUGACUCACUUGAUCAAUCCUUAAUUUGAAAAUAAUAAAAGCCUUGAGAUAAUAUCAAAGGUUUUUUUCCCCUGAAUUCUGAUACACUGUUUUUAUCCUGCUGCAGCAAGUGGGAAUCGAUCGAGGGGACAUCCCUGAUCUGUCUCAGGUAGGUCCACUGCAAGUUACUUACUGAGAAAAAGACCUUAACUACUCACUCCUUACCUCUUUGCUGCCUUUGCUUCACUAACAAAAAAAAAUUAAUGGCCAAAUUUUGGGGAGGUGCAAGUACAAAUAAGAUCAUGCAUUUGGUUAAAACACACACCCUGUAGGUAUUAAAAGACUUUAAAUGAGCCAGAGUAUCUGUUUGAAAAAUUAGUGAUUACUUCUCAGCUAUCAUUAAUAAUUUUUGCUGCCCACAUAGCGUGUGCAUGUUAUGAUAUGAUAUAAUAUAAUAUAAUACAAUACAAUACAAUACAAUACAAUACAGUAUAAUAAAUUAUGAUAUAAUAUAAUAAGGAUUGAACGGUUAAAUGAAGAGUUAUUGAUGAGUUUUAAGAGAAAACUGAUAUUAAUCACAUUUUAAUCAGGCCAAAAUAAAAACAGUAUUUGAUUUUUAAGUCCAAUUUGAUCAAAUUAAAGCAAUUAGUGUCUUGAUGGAUCAAUAAAUGAGUGCAAUGUAAUAUACUUUAUGAUCUUGAAUUCUAGAUAAUGUAUUUCACUAAUUGCUGCACUGCUAUACCAGUGUGUUAAAAAAAUCAUGAUUUAAAGGUAGGAGACAUCGUUAAAAGUGCUUUGUCCGUCAAUGAAAGCUGUAUUUGUGUUUUUCAAGGAUAAACACUUUUAAAAACACUCUGCUCAUUCACAGCCAAAAGUAGAGCGAUACAAGUAGUGUGAUGGCUUACUGGUGUCAGUCUGCACUUGGAUGCUUAGCUUGUAGCUGUAAGCUCAGACUGAAAGUACUUCAGUGAUCUUAUUAUUCUAUUUGACACAAAGUAUGGAUUACAAUUGAUUUGUGACUCAGCUGGGAGGUUUUUGAAUAAAAUGGGUCAUUUAAAAGCUGUGUCAUUAUUUUUAUGUUAUUGUAUUGAUGCCAAAUGGAUAAAGAGGCUUGAAUUAAAACUAUAUAACAGUGGUAAUUAAUUCUGAAUAGUGGGGACUAGUCCAGCACCAGCACUUCUUCCUCAACAGGUUUUUAAUUUGAUUGAUUGUCUGCACUUUUUUUCUCAUUGGUGUCUAAGUCAGAACUUUCCAUCGGCUCUUCUCCCAGGGAAACCUUACUCUCGAUGUAUACAUGAAUGGACUAUUUUGUACCUUAGACUUACCGAGACAAAGCAGACUUGACAGAGUUUAAUCUCUAUACAAAAAUUCGACGUCGCUCACUCUGGUUAAAAAGUGUCCAGUGGUGGGCCCUGCUUAUUCUGUGUGCUUAGAGAGGUUAAGUGAUGAUAUUGACUUCCAAAAUUUGGUUAUGACUCUCUCUCUCUCUUAGGCUGCUAACCCCCCACCCCCACUCAGCUUUUCUACUAACAAGUUUUCACAGCAGUAGCUCUGCAGGCAGGCCAUGCACAUGCCUACUGUUGCUCUUACACCCUCCAGUUCACACUCACUCCUGACUUUGCACAUCCUACAGCAAAUAAAGGUGUAAAUCAAGAGUUAAUGUCCAGACCAGUGACCUACCAAAGAUAUUAUAAUUACUAACUAAUUUAUUAUAUUUAUAUGUUCACAUAAAGGUAUUGUUAAUAAAGGUUACUGUUCCAGCAACAUACAGACCAAAUACAGAUAGGAUUUGUCAAAAGAUGAUAUCAAUCUAUGCUAAAUAAAUCUUGACAGUUACCACCUUUAUUUUCUGUAUUUUCCCCUCCCCUCUAUCUCUCUAUUUCCAGUUUACAGUCUGUGUAAGUAUCUAAACCUUUUCUCCCCCUUUUCUCUGUAUUUUCGACUAGCUCUGUUUGUUGACUCUUGGCAGUUAUUCUGCAUGCUUCAGUGUUUUUGUUUUACCUCUUGUUUCUGUGGAAGAUGUCGUCAGCCUUUAACGCGUGUCAAUGAUAUUUACACUAGGCCCCAAGUAGCUUACUGGAUGCCCUGGAGCAACACUUGGCCUCUUUAGAGGGAAAGAAAGUCAAAGACUCAACAGCAGCUAGCAGGUAAGUUUGUUUUCUCUCCCUCUUUAAUAAAACAAACCUCUUUUAAAGAUGUUAAAAAGUGCCGUUGUUCCUUAAAGUUUCAUUUUUAACUCGUAACUUAAUUCAGCACACAGCAGAGAUGACUUUUUGACUCUAAAGCCCAAAGCAACAGCUGUAUAAAGCAUGUUUGUACUUCACUUUGUUUUCUGUAACUGAGCUAUGAAAUGAUCAUAUGCGACUGUCCUGUGUCUCCUGUCUGAUCCAGAGCUAGCACCCUCUCCAAUGCAGUGUCCUCCCUGGCCAACACGGGGAUAUCUUUCACCAAAGUGGACGAGAGGGAAAAACAGGCAGCUCUUGAAGAGGAACAGGCUCGCCUUAAAGCACUAAAAGUACAUUUUCCACAAUCAGUUCUAUCCUUUGAUGAGCAUUGCUCUGUGGGCGUGUUGCUGAUGCCCUUUACAUCCUUGAGAUCUCAUUAGAUAACAUCAAACAUGUGUUAGCUUAACAUUUGUAGCAUAAAUUUAGCUUUAGAUACUAGUAUCAAUGCAUUAAGGCUGGAGACCCUUUCAGUACGUCACCUUCUUUUAUUCCUCUGCUGUUUCUUCCAUGUGAACUGCUAAACAAAAGCAUAGGCAUUAAGAAACUUCAACUAAGAGAUUAGUGCUGUGUCUUUUCUGAUAAACUGGAUAAAUGUUAGUAUAAAUGUUGCUAAUGUUUGCCUCCUGUGACCUGUAGGACCAACGUCUGAAAGAGCUCCAGAAGAAUCCUGCCACAGCUACCACAGACUCCUCCCCUGUCUUCACUGUGGGUGGGACCAACAACUCAACCCCUGCCAUUGACCUUUUCUCAACUCCCAGCUCCAACAACAGGUAAUGCUAAUAGGACGUGUAUUAGCUCAUCAAAUUUAGUUACAUGGCUUCUACAAACAACCCACCACUGCGUGUUAUUUAGGGGUCGGAAUCACUAGUUGCCCCACGAUAUGAUAUUUCCCGGUACUUGGGCCACAAUACAAUAUUAUUGCGAUUUUUAACAUUUUGCAAUACAGUGAGUAUUGCGAUACAAUAUAUUGCAAUUUAUAUAAUUUUUCAACUAUUUAGCUAACUGAGCAUUUGUCUUUUCUUUAUGUUUGUCUUAUUUACGCUGUAUUUUAUUUUCAUGUAGCACAUCUUGCGAACCUUAUAUAUUUGUUGCUCUAACUUUCUCCUGCUCUAUAAUUUCACAUCUGCCAACCUCACUGGACAAACAGUUGAUUUUAUUUUUUCUAUUUUUUUAGAUUUGACUUCAUAUUAACAAUUUAUUUGAAAACCCGAUACCUGGUCAAUGAGAUGAUACGACAUAUCACCAGACAAAAUAUCGCAAUACUGUACUGUAUCGAUUUUUUUCUCCCUCCCUAAUGUUAAUGAUCUCCCUAUAAAUGGAGUCAACAUUGAUUUAGGAAAAACAAAAACAAUUUUAGCCAUUACUAAAGGCUUAGUAGCAUCUUAACACAUUUUAAUCUUGGCUUCCAAGAUGCCAGAUAGAGCCCAAAGAAAAUUAACUCCGGUUGUCUAAAUCUGGAACAGGAUCCACCAGCCUACUUAUUCAUUUAACAAAUUUAAAAAAGCAGUAAGAAGGACACACAGGUUUUUGGCACAAUUAGGGGUCACUUAAGCCACCGUCUGAGAUAAAAAGGAAACAUCAGUAACAAGCUGAUAACAGUUUGUCUUUAAAUCCAGAUUUGUCCACAUUUGAUGAUUUUUGAUUGUUUUGAUAAACCGCAGUGUAUUCUCUCUCCUCGUAACAACCUUUACACUCAGAAGAGACCUUGAAACUUUGUAAAUGAGUGACCGCUUUAUCACUCUUGUCCUUGUUUUCCUGUUUAUUUUUUUUCUACAGCAACUCAAAAGCAGCCAACGACCUGCUUGACCUGCAGCCAGCCUUCCAGCAGCCCCUGCCGCUUUCCACCACCAACACAUGGGGAGGUGAGAGCUCCACUUUUCCUGGCAACACCUCAUUCCACUGUGCUGCCACACUGAGCCACGUAUCCAUCAGCACACAUACACAUCCCAAACAUAUUUAUAUCUGGUCUCUAACUCAGCUGUGUAACUCCUCAAUGUUUUACACAGUUGAUAUUAUGUAGGGUUUGGGUUCACACUCAAACUAUUGGGAACAAACUCAAUAACAGACGUAGAACAACAUAACCAUGAUUCCACAAGGGUUGGGAUGCUGUGUGAAAAGUUGGUAAAAACUUGUUUUGAUGGUUUGCAAAUAAUUUAAACCUUGUGUUUGAUUGAAAAUGGUGCAGAAACAACCUAUCAGAUGUUGAAACUGAAAAAUGUGAUUAUUGUAUAGAAAUUAUGUGCUUAUUUUAGAUUUGAUGUCAGCAACAGGUUUAAAAAAUUAGGAUAAAAGCAAUAAGUCCAAACAUUUGAUCUUUUCCAUUAUAAGGAUAAAAUGAUUUUUUUUAAAUCUAGUUUUCCUACAUUUUCCAUAGUGUCCCAACUUUUCCUAGAAUCAGGGUUAUACAAUAACAUAUGAAGGAAUAGAAAACAUAAGUACUGUUAAUAGAAACUAUUAUCCCAGAGUAAAAAGUAUGUUUUGACAUUUUUUAUGUCAAAGUGUUAGAAAAUACGCCUUGGUUAAAAUUGAAUAUUUAAAAGUUUAUUUUUGUUUAUUACAAAUUAAUUGUUAUAAUGGCUGUUUAACAGGGUUGGUUGGUACUUUGAGCAUUCACUGUAAACCUAUUCAGGUGGAAAAAGAUGACACAACAUGGCUCUCAGUUUUGUGUUUGUGGGAUGGAUUGCUAUUGGAAAAUGAAGAGACUGAGUGAGUUUUUUUGAAGGAUGACUGCUGCUGAGAAAUCAAAUGUCGUUCAAGGCUCAAUGGUCCCUGAAACUAAGAAGCGUUCCCAACAGAGAGGUCUUCACCUCUAAGUUAUCUUCCCUACAGUAAUCCCUGCAGACCCUGGUAUUAGGGUCUAUCAGAUGACUCCUGUUCUCCAGCACUAUGAGCUUAUGGGCCAUUUAAAGUUAACAUUAUCUGUGUCAUUGGUAGUCUACAAUAGUUGACUACUUUGUCUUUGACCCCUUAUGUCCCCCUCACUUCAGUCUCUCCUGUUGUCUCUGUCUUUCAUGCUAUUUUUAUCUCACUGUCACAACCGUUGAAUGAACAGAGCUCAGCCAAAGAGUUUCUUUAUUUUACAGUUUCCUCAUCUCUCCCCCUCCUGCAGUCUUUUGAAGACACUUUUCUGAAAAUGUAGCCAGAAAAAGGUAAAGGGUAGAUGGUAAAUGAAGGGUGUACUGGUGUCUCCUACAGCUGGAUUGGUUUUCCUGCAUUAGAGGAAAAAAGUCCUCAAGAACAUUCUUGUGCUCAACUGGCAGAGAUUGUGAAUUCCAGCACUCGGUCAUAACAAAAUAUUUGAUUUUUUAAGUCAUAAACUAUUAAAAUGAAAUACAGAUCUAUAAGUUAACUCAGUAAAAAGCCCAAGUAAAUGCUUUAUUUCUUCUCAUUAAGAUGGUUAAUUGGUGCUGCAGAUUAUAGUUGGUCUUCAAUCUAUUUAGACCACCCUGAUGGUGACAUGAUGAUCUGAUGGAAAAAUAAUAAUCAACAUGUACAAGAUUCAUGAUUCAUAAUAUUUUUAAGAUGAGGAACUAUCAACAUUUGGAUAUCAUCUUUUUAAGAGUCCUUUGAUUUUUUUAAUUAAAGUUAAGAGAUUAAAAUGAUGUAACCUCUGAUAAUUCAACCCCAGUUCCAAAAACGUUUGGACACAGUGGACACUGUUUUAUGGUUUGCAAAUCAUUUAAAUGAUGUUCUUAAUUGAAAAUAGUGCAGAGACAAAAUAUUAAAGAUUAAAACAUUUUAUUGCUCCAUAAAAGUGUAUCCCCAUUUAAGAUUUAAUGGCAGCAACAGGCUUCAAAAGAAGUUUGUUCAGGGACGUGUUUACCAAUGUGUUGCAUCACCUCUGUUUUAACAACUCUGUAAAAGUUUAUGAACCCAGGAGACCAGGACUUUUGAGAGGAGAAGGUCCUAUUUUUACCCGAUUUUAGCUGCUCAACAGGUCAACAGUUUUGUCAUAGUUUUUGUAUCAUGAUGUGCCAAAUAGGUGACACGUCAAAGCUCAAGGCAGGUCAGUUCAGCACCAACACUCUUCGACUACAGAGCAAUGCUAUUGUAAUAUGUGCAGAAUACAGCUGGAUAUUGUCUUGCUGAUAUAUGCCGACUCUUGCUGAAAAUCAUAUUUCAACUAUAUGAUUACUCAGUCCCUCAUAGAGUAGUGAACUACUUCCCAUCUUUCUUUGAAAACAACUUUUUCAGUGUUAUUAUGCUGCUGUCCCAACUUUUUCACUAACGUGUUGCUGGGAUCACAUUUAAAAUUAGCAUACAUUUUCUCAUAAAAACAUUUUAAAAAAUAAUUCUUUAAAGUCCCACUCCGAUCGUUUUUUUCUUUUUUACUAAAAGUGUUAUUAGUGGUCUUUAAAUUGUAAUUUUGAAGUUUUUAGCUAAAAUCACGUUACCUGUGUCAUUUCCAAGGGCUUUUCUUCUGCAGAGCUCCAGUAGCUCAUUAGCAAAUCGCCUCUGAGUCGUGGGCGGAGUCAGUGCUGCUCUGCACACUCGCCUUCAUGUUAGCUUGCAGCCUAACAUUGCUUGUGUAGCAGAAUUGGCAGGUAACAUAGGAGCUAUUCAGCUCUCCAACACUAAUGUGUUUAGGGACAUGAAAGUUAAUAUCAUAAUUAGCUUUCUUACAUGCACUGCAAUCCGCUAACGCACACGCUUGUUCCGCGAAUGUUCUUUCUACUUUUCCUGCAUGUAUGUCCUGCAUAGCGGGACUCCAGCGUCAGAGCUUGGAUUUGCUACGUAGGAAAUCUCACUGAUCUGAACCUGCUGUUUGGGUCUGCCAGAGAAUCACAGGGAUUUGAAUGCAGAAAUACUCAGAAAUGCAAUUUUGCACUUAUUUUUCUCACGAUAUGUCCUGUAGCACCACUAAAAUGCCAUAUGAACAUGUAGACAACAAGAAAAACACGAUUUUCAUCGGAGUGGGUCUUUAAGGUUAAACAGUUGUUAUGUUGUCUUUGCACUAUUUUCUUUUAAAUAUAAGAUUUAAAUGAUAUGCAAACCAUUCAAAUCAGUUUCACUAACAAUUGAAAAAGUACUCUAACUCUAAUGGAAUUGGGGUUGUAUUUAAACAAUUUAGCAGUCAAUGCAGAAAUGAAACAGAGUGUAAAUAAAUGAUAUACACACAUAUACUGUAACUCAUGCAGUAGUUGGUGUUCUGGUUUUUAUGCCCACACCCCUCACAAUCUCACCUUGCUGUUGAAAAAUCCGUCACAGAUGCAAACCCUCGACUCACACUAUCUGUUGCUGUUGCUGCACAGCUGUCCUGGAACAAUGUCAGCCUGCCCACCUGGCCAUGGGAUAUUUGGUGGGACUGCUUUGCAGUUUCAUUACUGUUCUAAAAAGGACACAUGUUAAUGUGUGAUACCUUUGCUAAAAGUCAUCACCCGGGCUAAUCAUUGCAGCAGGUGGUUAGACUUUAAUUCAAAUGAAGCUGCCAGGAGCACAUGAACGAGCAUUUCAGAGCUGCAGAGAGAGAAGAGGAGGAAACUGAGAGGAAAAUACUCAAGGACAUUUAGGUUCUGGUGUGCUGCCCAACACCAGAUAUUAGGUUUACUUGCUCAUAUUUAUUAACUCAGCUGCUCCCUUCAAUCACAGCUCUUUUAAUAUUUCCUCUUGCUUUAUGUUUCUGUUUGCAUUUCUAAGGCUUUGACUCAUGAACACUCAUCUUUAUCAGCCGCAUUUCUGUUUUUCACCAGAUCAUUACAAUCCCUUUUUUGAUUCGAGCUCAUCUCUGGCAUCUGAUCUCGAUACAGCUGCACAGAUAGAGACAUUUACCACAGGUACCUUAGUGAACAAAUGACUGCUUGACUGUCACAUAAACAGCUGUGAAAUGUGCAACAUUUGUGGAUUGAACCGUUGGAUUGGAGUGCUUUGUUAACAAAGCCUGAGCAGUCCUGCUGCUGCCUCUCUCCCUCCCUGCUUCCUACUAGCAAAUGGGUGUAAGCCUGCAUUGUUUUGUCUUUACCAGUUGCACACUUCCUUGAAUCUGCCCUGUUUUGAAACUCGCCAUGAAACAAUCCCAGCUUCUGCUUUUCGUUUUCCCCCCUGUUAUGAUCCACUGCUGCCUGGCUUUCUUGUCACACUUUCUCCUCAGUAGUUUUAUCCUGUCUUGUAUCUUCAUAAUUUCUCUUCCUUCUCUUUCCGCCUGGUUCUUUGCUUGCCUGCUGUUGUCGCUGUGUGUCAGACUCCUUCUGUGGGCCAAGCCCUUACAACACCACUCCACUCUUCCAAUCUGAGCCCCCUGCUGUAGCUGGUCUAUUCAGAGGUAUGUACACUAAUGGCCCCCUCCCCUAAAAUGUGAUUUCCUUAAGACCAGAAAGAAAUGACGCAAGCUCAAAACUAUUAAACUGGGACACUGUGUAGAUUCAGAUAACAAAGGGCAUGUACACACGUAGCGGGGUAUAUUUAUAAACGAACCCCCUCCGUUUAAAAAGAAAAAAAAUCGUGUACACACAUCAUUGAUUUCCAGUAAAAUCCCCUCCACACAAAACUGCAUAAGUGUGCUAUUAACUGUGGUUAUAAACAUGCCAGACCUGGAGUUGGUCGUAUUUGCCAAAAAGUUAGACCCAUUCUAUCCAAUCAGAGCAAGCUUCCCCUUCUCAUCGUCACGUCUCCGAACAUGAACGUAGCGCCGUGCAGUUCUUUCUUGUAGACUAACAGAGAGGUGGAGUUGCUUUUAAGCAUUGUUUAGUCAACAAGACACAAAAAGGUGGAGGAAGGGUUAUUUGGUGUAGAAUAACCGACUGCAAAACACCCCUCCUCCUUUGCCCCUUACAAAAUGUAUAUUCUGUAUAUAUCUGUGACGUCAUAGUAUAUGAUGUUAAUCGAUUAGUUGUCGUGGACACUGACGCUUGGGAACUUAAAACUCUGGUUAUCUAUGUCCACAAGCAAAGUCUUCACUUUGAUUUUCCAAAAGCACCGUUUUUUUUAAUGAGGUAGUCAUACAAAAACAUAUUUGUUUUAGCUAAUAUCUGGCUACAUGUGUACAUGACCAGAAUUUGCAAAUUAUCCAACUCUACAUUCAGUUGAUUCAGAGGGUGACAAACAAGCCAGGCCAGUUUAACAGCAGGACUCUUCUACUACAGAGCCAUGCUGUUCUAUUACAGUCAAACUGUACUUGGACACUCUCUUCUACCCUGGAAAAAUCUUUGUAUGGAUGGCAGCGCAUGAUGCUUUACAGAAGUUUUAACUGCCCGUGUUUAAGGCACUGUUGGUCACAAACUGAUGGGCUCCUCUCGACCUUAGAGUUGGGGAUGCAUCGAUUUCCAUGAAUUCCCAAAAACAGAUUCAAACUUUGGUUUAUCAGACUGCUGCAUCACUGCUUCUGUUUAUUCCCUGAGUUCUUUCACCUCCUUGUGAUCGUGAUAGGAGGCACAAAACUAUUGUUUGAUUAAUAUUCUUGCACCCUUAACAGAUAAUUCUCUCCUCCCCAGGGUUUGCAGCCUCCCCAACACCACAGCAGCCACAGAACUCCCGAGGCCUUAACGUGGACUUUGACUCUGUAUUUGGUAACAACACCAAUGCCAACAAUCUGGAUGGUACAGGUAACUGCACUUCUUUCCCAGCUGUUAGCCUGCAGACUUCAUGUAGUGUGCUGCCACCUGAAGGUUGGGGGGACAGACUGCAUGUUGGAUCAAACAGCUGGAUACUGAUAUGUUGUGUGUGUGCGUGUGUGUGUGGUUUAUGUGAAGUAUAAUAUGUGAAUCAAGCCUCCAUGUCUCAUUAGCCUGUAAAAGUGGCUUUUAUUGUGUGAUGAAUCUUGCUGUGGUGUUGUGCCAGUUGCACUUCGUCGGGUAAAUGCAAAAAAUCCCUAAACAACCAAGAGUCCACUUUGUCGAUUGGUUUGAACUAGCUUAUCAAAAAGAUUGUUUUUAAAGCCGUUCAGAUGAGUACGUUUAAUAUGUAUUUUCAAGUCUGCAGUAAGUCUCAUAAAAUAAGAAACACGUUAACAGACGUAUGCAGUGGUUUAUGUAGUCCCUGCCAUUGGGAAGGCAAACUGGUUCUUGGACAGUUCACAACUCUGAACCAACAUUCACAGUAGAACAGAACUACACAACCAGCACUAGAGCCACUCUAGUAUACAAAGAUGAUCAGACAAAUGUGAUCAGACAAAUGCUGGUCUUCAUUUCACAAGUAUUCUCAGUGGUAGAGCCGCCACAGUGUAACUGAGGUUACCAAGCGUUGCCCACUGGCCUCAUUGAUGUUUGGUCAUUAUACUCGUGUCUAAAUACACUGAUGUGUUCAAACGCUCCCUCGAGCCUAUUACACACUUCUACUCUGAGCACUCUCACUGGGCUCCACGCUGUUCACAAUCUCACAACAGUUCUCUUCUCUCUUCCCUUGUCCCGGGGUUACACACACUCCCUGGGGCCUUGGCUUUUUGCAUGGCAUAUGCAUGACUGGGUGAGUUGAUACAACACACACACACACACACACACACAAACACACACACACAUACACACAUCUCUCACACAGUUGAAGCCUGCUCUGUUUUCUUGUUGUGUGUGCUCUCAGCCCAGCUUCCUGCCUCACCAUUGCUCACCAGUCUCUCUCUGUCCAUGUUUGUGCAUUUCUGUACUGUCACGUGUUUGUCCUUGUGUGUUACUGUGGUAUUGUUUUCUUGUGUUGUGUUGUGUCUUCACUCGUUCUGGGCCCCCUCCAACCUCUCACCCUCCCCUGCCCUUCCUCUCCUUUCUUUUUGUGCUGCCCCCUUUUCUUUAAGAUGUUUUAGGUGGCAUCCUCAAACCUACAGUGGCAUCCUCACCCAAUCAGGACAUGACCUUGAACGGCCAGCAGCCCCACAAACUAGUGUCUAAUGACCUGGACUCGUCACUGGCUAAUCUUGUUGGCAGUAAGUUCCUUUUAUUGACCGCUAAGAUUUAAACAGUGAAGUUCUCCUUAGGGCUGGUUUGGUUGUGAUGAGUGAACCUGAGUAAGCUAAACAUACUUAAGUCACAAUGAAGUCACAGUAAAGUCAUUUCAAAGCGCAUCAGUUUAUUCCUCGUUCAAGUUUCUUCAUGUUGAAUAUGCCGUAUAUGUCCUGUAUAUGUCCUAUAUAUGUCAUAUAUGUCGCUCAGUAGUAUUGGUGAGGUAAAAGUAGUGAUGCCAUAGGUGUAAUAAUAUUGCUUGGUCUCUAUUGAAAUCAGCUGGUCUGAGGUCAGGGAAAAAUAACCAAAGCUGUAGUGGUUUUUAGCACUUCAGGUGCUGAAAGGGAUAUUCCGGCGUAAAAUUAACUUAGGGUCAAACAAACCAUAACACCGAGUUAGACCAUCUCUCGAGGGGGUGUCUAACUCGGUGUUACAGUGUGUUUGACCCUGAGUUAAUUUUAUGCCGGAAUAUCCCUUUAAGAUUGCACCUCAUUGCACUCUACCAGCUCUGCCUUCUUUAGGACGUACACUAAGCAGGUGAUAGACUGUCAGGCUAAGGGUUUUAGUGACAGCUUGAGAGGGUAGAGGUAUUCUGUUACUGUACUGACACCAUAUUACAGUUUUCUAUUACUCUCAAUUUUUCCCGCAAAAUUUAAUUUGAAAUUUGAUUUAACCUUCAUUUAAUUCUCGAAGAUCAUUGAAGUUUCCCUCAUUCACAAUGAUGUCCAGAUACAACAGAAACGCAUUUAGAACAAUUUAACAAACAAGACAAAGAGGUAAAAUCAGUGAAACCAAUUACAUAUUGAGGUGGAAUUAUUUGAGAUCAUCAUCUUGAAUUUGCCUAAAGAAUCAAGUGUAUUCAUCCUCAGAUCUUGUUGUAGGGUUUUCCACGUUAUAGGAGCACAGUAGCUGAAUGCAGAUUUACCCAAUUCAGAUUAAACUCCUGGGACCUGCAGCAUUAAGCAGUCAGUGGUUGGAGAAGCUGAAUAACAGAGGCAAAGGUUGCUAAACAUGCAAACUAGUUUGAGGGUUUUUCUUCUAACCUUUUCUCCACCAUUAACUUGUGUCAACAUGAUUUUAUUGAGAUUCUGAAGAUCAAGUCUUUGCUCCUCUACUUUUCAGAUUUGGGGAUUGGCAAUGGCACAGUGAAAAAGUAAGAGCUCUCAAAUGAUAUUGGCCUUCAUAUCUUGUGAAUUCAGUAGUCAAGGUAACUAAUACUGUGGCAUGGUCUUUGUAGUGAUCUCCACUGGAGUCAGCCUGGUGAGAAGAAGAUGACAGGUGGAACCAACUGGCAGCCCAAGGCUGCUCCUUCAACCACCUGGAACCCUGCAUCUGUGGUAGGUUUUCACCCUGAAGGAACCACAAGAGCUCGUUAUUUAUGAGUCAGACAGUGAGUCACUUUAUCAAAUUACCUUGAAUCUCAUACUGAGCUAUGGAGCCACUGGAGCAUAUGUUUUGUACAGAUAGAUAAAUGAGUUGUUGGGUGUGGAUGUGGUUUCGGCUUCUGCACCAUUCAAUGAACUGCAAAUUUUUAGCACUUUAGCAUUGGUUAUAUUUCUUAAGUCUGAACGUUGCUUCUUGUUACAAAUACAAGGACUCCAGACUAGCUAGAUCUUAGUCUAGUUGAGCAUGUGUGAGACGUGCAGACUAUUAAGUCCAUGGUGUCCCCACACCAGAACUUCCACCACUUGUGUGACGAUGACUUUUCAACUGUUAGUUUUGGAUUACUUUCCUUCAAUUGUUGCACCAAAAAAUGAAGGUUGGUAUUAAUUAGAGUAUCAUGAUUUACAUAGUAUUGAUAUAAAGUAUUGGUAUUGGUAUUGGUAUUAUUAAAAUCCCCAAAAAUCAUAAUACAGCAAGAGUGUUUACCCUUGAUCAAAAGAUGAAGUGCUCUCUGAUAAGGCUGGAAAAAAAGAUCUUGUUAUUGAAAUAGACCUUGAAACACAAUCCAUCAUAAAAGUAGAACUAAUAUUAUAAAAAUUGAGUUUUGUGUCAUUAUUAACUAUUUGUGGAGUUAGCUGUCUUUAAAACUAACCCAACACUGUCAGAAAGAGAAUUUCUGAGGAACAGCUCUCAGUGCAAUGAAACCGUCUGCGAUGAAAGCUUCACUUUGGCACCAGCCAAAGUGGCUCCCUUGCCAAUUACUGAAUAGUUCAUGAAAGUUGUAUCUCCCGAGAGGGCAGGGCGUUAGACAGAUCUGGGUUUGUUAUCACUGCAGGCUCUGUUGGAAAAGCAGGGUGCUCAAAGAAAGAGUCUGUACCUUCUCUCUCGCUUUGAUUUCUUUCCACAAAGAGCUCUGCACCUGCCAGGAACUAACCUCAGCCCCCAGGACUCACCACCCUCCCUUUACUCUCCCUCUUCUGUGACUGUCAUUUACCUCUCCAAAUUUAUUCAGGCCCGUCACUGAUAAAAAUAGAAGGAUGUCCUUCAGGUCUCGCUGUAUUGCAGUUUUGCUGAAAUUCAAGGCAUUUUCAGUGAAAAGUUCAGUGUUUUCUUUAGGGCUGUCCAUGACUUUUAAAGCUUCGACUAUCACUCCAUUUUUUCCUCAUCAGCACUUCACCCAACUCCCGUUGUCCGCCUAACAUGAAAUAUAUUCAGCCACAAGACUUUGACAUUAAAUGGAUAAAGAUUUACAUCCACAAGACUAUGUGAAUAAUAAAUAGAGGAUCUCCAGCGAUAAACAAGCUAAGCCCCUAAAAACUUGCUCUAGCCAGUGACGGUCCAGCUGGCUGCCCCACCUCACACUCUAUACUUAAAGGAAAACACUGGUCUGUUAUGUAGGGAGGAGGACCUCUGCAGAGGAUUCAUGUCAGUAAAACUUAGUGAACAAAUGCACCGGUUAGUAAAAACAUGUGCCCCGUGUACAGAGGCCAUGGCUCUAGUUGGCUCCUUCUUUGCUACAAGCCUUUGCUGCAUGCCUUCCCCUACUCACUUCUUUCCAUCUCUCUUCAGUUGUUUUAUUAAUAAAUGCAAAAUUUCCCUCCCCCACUACCUAAAAAAAGAAAGCAUUUCCAAAUAAUACUAACCGAUGAUUUUGAAUCUUGCAUCAGGAAGUUCAUUGUCUGCCAUGUUGCUGCUUUCCACUCUUCGGUUGAGGGAUCAACCGUCGACUGAAUUUUGCUGUAUCCUCCUGCUUUCUUCCUGUUUGAGUUUGAAUUAUAUAUUACACUAUACCAGAAUACAACAUGUUGAAUGAAGCAAGCCAAAGUGAGAAAUAUAAGAAGAACAGGGUUCCUACAUAGUUGGAAUUUCCAUACCUUUCCAUACCCUGCUUGUUAGAAUUAUUUUUGGAAAUACCUACUUUUGCAUUUUAGAAAACAGUAAUUUAGAACUAUGGUAAAAGUCUGGAAAGUCUAUUUUUCCAUGCUUAAUUUUUCAUUUUCUAUACUUUUCAAAACCUGGAGACUGAUCAAAUUUAUUUCCAUACUUUUAAUACUUGCUUAAAAAAAUAGUCCUCCUGCCUAACUGCCUACCAGCUUUUAAGCUGCUGAGCAGAGGCAACUGAAAACAAACUUUUCUGUCUUGUUUUAUAACAAAUAUAACUUUGAUGACAAAAGUAUGACAGUGAAAUGCUUGACAUUAGAGUGUUUGUAGAAAAGGGUUCAGAGGCACCCUGGAACCGUGGCUCUGCCCUGCACAAUGUGUGUCAGAUAUCGCCGUGUCCUGAUUUUGCACAAAAAAAAAUUUUUUUUUUUGUUUGUGUCACUUCAGGCACCAUCUGUCAUGGCCUUCCCUGCAACCACACCUACGGGCAUGAUGGCAUAUGGAAUGGUAAGUCAGCUGGGACUUGUUCAGGAUUUCACCCCAUCACGCAUACUAUAGCACACACACACACACACACACACACACAGACACACACACUGGUUCAUAGACAAAGACUCUGCUGGGAUGCAAUAUUGGGGCUUUUACCUAAUGUAUAUAAAAUGCAGUGACCCUGUUUUAUAAACUGAACUAGAUGGUUUUCCAUUAAAGGUAAUACAUAUCUUUGAGGUUGAUUGUAAAUAUUUCUGUCACUGAAUGAGUCUCUACACCUGAUGGAAUUGACCGCCCCCAAACCUGUAUGGACAGAAGUUUCCAUUUUUAGAUUUUUUUUGGCUCAGACAUGAAUUCAUCAACAUCUUGUUUUCUGUUUGUUUGUUUCUUUGUUUGUUUUCUCUGCACCAGCCUCCUAACAUGGGCUCCGUGAUGAUGACACAGCCCACUAUGAUGUACACCCAGCCUGUGAUGAGGCCAGCCAACCCAUUUGGGGCAAAUCCAGGUGCACAGGUAAUGGAUGUCUACAGCUGCAAAAUCACACUCCACUAAUUCCACAGUUAGGUGUAGUGGUUUGUUUUGGCUAGCAAUGUAAUGCACAAAUGUAGGAUUUCUGGGCAAAUCCACUCCACCAUAUUAACUCUGCUAAAAGGGUUUGACAAAGUCAUAGUCAGGGUCCAACUGUUAGAUCAUCCUUAAAGCCACCAGACCCCAACUGCAUGAACAGUUAUUUUACUGAUUAUACAACAGGUCAUAGGAGUUGUGAUUUUGAUGUCUACAGGUGCAUCUCAGUUCUGUAAAGCUGCAUCCUUACAUCCCACUCUUGUGUCAUGAAGAUGUACAGAGAGAUGCAAGAAAAUUAAAUCAGGAAGAGAAGCAAGAAGGAAAUGUGUUUUAAGAAACAUGAGACAUCCUCUUCAGCAGAGCGUUAAGUGAAGCAAUGUCCAUUUGUGAUGAUGGUAUCAGCUGAUCUGAUCAGCUGUGAGUCAGCUUGAUAGUUGUUUGUUUCUGUUAUAAUUGAUAAAACACACAAACCUUUUUUCUCUGUUACCUAUUUAACAAACACCUGCACAUGAAGGACUAUUUCUGCCAGCGAAAUGCAUCAUAGUUAUUUAUUUUCAUUUACUGAUAAACUAAUUAUGAGACUUCAGGUCCAGUGGAAAUCACAUCACACUUUUAUCAAACCUGAUGUUCAUUAAUGACUAACUGUAUGUGAAACCAUGUUGACGUGAUGAUGAAUAUAACAAGUGUUCACACUGAAAGACUCUCUCUUGAACUUGAACCCAUAAUGAAAUCAAGCAGGAGAAAAAAAUCUUCAUUUAAAGAAAAAAUCUCUAUAACGAUGAUGAUAUUAGACAUGAUGACUUUUUUCUUAGAUAGUGGUUUAGAAAACAAAUCAGAUCUCCACUCUGUAGAGAUGAUUUUUAUUCUUGAUUUGAUGAAAGUUAUGGAAGUCCUAUCAAACCCUUUUCUCACUUUAAUCCUACCACAUAUUGACUGUUUAGAAACAGACAUAUAUCUCUGAUCUGUUUCAUGGUCCUUCUCAGUGACUGUUCUCAUCCUCUUUUCACCCAGCAUCUAAAAAAGCUUUACGAUUCUCCUUGACAUGGUUGACCUGAAAGUGCUUUUAAUUAUAUCAAGACUUGAGGAAACAUCGUUUUAGAGAACUGAGACAUCAGAUCAUAAUUAUGAUCAAAUAUUAGCUGUCUCAAGCUCCAUUUGGACCUCCUUUAAAAUAUAAGUAUCCUUACAGCAUCACUAUAUUAAAUAGUCUUAUUCUUAAUAAUGAUAAGUACAGUGUGCAACUGUGCAUUACUUAACUGUUGGCACCUUAUCUGUUCUCUGACCCGACAGCUGAACUAUAGCUCUUAUUUUGGGUCCUGUCCCAUCAUCAGCUCUCUCUUUCACUUCUCCUCUGCUUUUAUUUUCCCCUCUGACCCCCUCUGCGCCUCAGUCCCCCACAACUUCUGGUCCCUCCAGUUUCAGCCCCCUCAGAGCGCCAGGGAAGGACCCCUUUGCCCAACUCUUUCUGCAGAAUUUUUUAUAGAGCAUCUUUUAGGUACAGCUUUUCUUCUGUGUGUGCUUACCUUCAUCUCCAGCUCUCUAGUGUGAUGGCAAAGUGCAUGUUGUGUCUCAGACUGAUCACAACACUUUGCUGUGAGAUACUCUCACGCCUGACCUCACCGCUGGCUGAUUAGCACACUGCCCUCUGCGCACACGCUUGUGUCUGAGUGUAUGAGCUUUAGUUUCUUUGCUCCGCAGGGAUUGAAGCUAGUUUCACAUUUGCGUUUUCACACAGGCAUGUGUUUGACGUGUCUAUAAAGAUGUGCAUGUCACCAUUUCAGUUUUAACAACUCUGAUUCAGUUCCAGUUCAUAUUGACUUUUGAUUCUGAUUCUACAAUUUUUAAAGAAUAAAAAGUGAUAUUGAAAAAUAAAUUCUUUUGUCUAUCUCGCCCUCCAUAACUAAAGUGAACCUAGUUUCUGCAUGACAGGGUCUCUUCCUAGGCUUGUGGGUGGAGGAAUUAUCUCUGAACUUGUAUCCUUAAAUACAUUUAAUGUAUUUUUAGACAUGAUGAGCUCAGCUGUUUUUUGUAUCCAAGUGUAACGAGACGUUACUACAGCUGCAACUGCUACCUCUAGCUGUGGCAGGGGAGUUUCUGUUAAAAGGAGACAGCAGCCCAUCUUAUAAUAUACAGUACAUUUCUUUAAAUUCAGGCUUUGUUGAAGAUUUAGACAUGAUUCCUUGUUUGCAUGAAACAGCUUUGCCACACAUGUUGCACUUUGCUAUAUCAUUAACCCUAGACAAACUUUUGACCACUUGCUUUAGUCCGCUUUGAUCCUCUUCUUUGCUCAUGUACACUGUCACAAAUUAUAUGAUGAUGCAUCAGCACCGCAGCUCUGGCAGAUAAAUCUCUGACGGUUAUUCCUGAACAGGGAUGGGAAUUGAUAAGAUUUUAUAUCUAUGCCCUUACUGAUUCUGCUUAUCAGUCCAGUUCUUUAUCAAUUUUGUUAUUGAUUUUUAUGGACUUCUCUUUAUGUAGCAUAGUCAGCUGACAGUAGAAAUGACAGUAUCUCCCUAAAAAUAAUACAUAAACCAUCACAGAUUACAAAGUAGGGGUGUCCUGAUACAACUUUUUUACCUCCGAUGCUAUACCAAUAUUGUAACCUUCAGUAUUGUCUGAUUUUGAUUCGAUGUUAAUUACUGCCACAGGGCCGACACUCCUAAUCCUUGGUACUUUAUUAGUACCUUAGUACACAUUGUUGUUGUGAUCACAUGGGCUCUACAUGCUGGAUCCAGGUGCUGCUGGAUAGAGGUGCUGGAGCUGAGUCUAGAAUGGACUGCUUGUAUCGGAGUGCUGAUAUUGGAGAUUUAGAUGCAGGCCGAUAUAAUCCGAUAUUUGAAUUUUGGCUGAUAUCGAACCGAUAUCUGAUAUUAAUAUUGUAUCGGGACACCCCUAUUACAAAGCAGAACUAUUACCUGAGAAGUCGCUAUUUUCUUUCUUUCCCUUUUUUAGCUAAAUUUGCCAAACCAAAACUGCAGCCAUGUGGGUUUAAUUCUGGGUUUUUUUUAUGAAGUCCCAGGUGUUGAUAAAUUUUGACUCUCCAAAAAUCCACAGAAAAGCUGUCAAAAGCAGCACAGACAUUUACUUCCAUGACUUAUGGCACUAGGGUCCUUUGUGAUGGAGCUCUGGUUACUGGUCAUGCCACCUGUUGAACCUCUGAAAGACUAAAGUCAGAGACUUGACUCUGUUGUUUCUUCUUAUUCCACCAGAUGCAGUUUAUGUAACCUGACUGGGGGGAGGAGUCUUUCCCGUUUCAAGAUGAUUCACGACAAAGUCAAAUAUCCAAGCAAACCUGCCGUUUGCCUCUAAUGAACUCACCUCUCUGGGAUAGGAAGGCCCAAAUAAGACAUGUUGAAUAAACCAUGGUGACUUGGAGCUGUGCAGCUGUGUCCAUCUCAGAGAGGCAUCACAGUGGACAUUGUGCCCAUCUCGUCACGUCUAACUCACGGAAGGAGGAGAGGAGUGUGUGCUGCCAUUCAAAACCAUGUGGACGUGAAUCAGUCUCCACUGAUUCCUGGACUAAGAGGAGCACAACACCCUGAAGGGAGAGCUUUCUGACAUCAAUAAUCAUGUAUCUGAAAAAAUAAACAAACAGUGAUGUUGGAGUUGCCUUUAUGUUCCUCUUUCUCCAGGCCAGGCUGUAAAAGUCACUUCCUUUAAUUAUCAGUCAUGAUUAACUCAGCCCAGAUUAGGAAAAAAACGUCAGCUCCUCAUUAUACCACACAACUUUCUUUUCUUUCUUUUUAUGUAUUGUUUGCAGUAGACAUUCCUUGUGUAUUGUUUGUAUUUAUUUAUGAUUACCAACAGAGAGGAUGAUGAAAAAGAAGUAUGGAAAUAGUCACUGACCUCCAUCAUGUGGGAGGUUUUCAGGUUUAUACAAAGGUAUGAUUGCUGGUUGAAUUGGAUUUUUGAGUGAUUGAGAUGAUUUGUUUGAAAAAGAAUUUAAUAUAAAGUUAUAAGAGAUGACAUGUUUUGCUUGUGGAGCACUAAAUAUUCUCUGUAUUUGCAGGUUGCCUAGUACAGUAAUCUGUGGCUGGAAGGCUCAGAUUGAAGAUGUGUGUGUGAACAGAAUUAACACGUUAAAAUGAAUGGGGUGGAUUUUCUCUGAAUCUGGCAUUGGGUCAUCUUUCACAUGAGCAGAGCACUACAUUUAGUGAUUGAGGCAGCAUUAAAUUGGAAAGGAAUCUGCAUUUAUGCUUUGAAGCUUUAGGCAUGCCAUUUUUUCUUCGAUUUACAAAGCUCCUGGCUGCCCUUUUUCCCACCUGAAUGUGCAGGGUCCCGUUCAUGCUCAGAUCAUGUUUCUAUACAAAACGAGAGGGAGAGAGAGCAGUUGUAGUUAUAGACUGUUAUUAAUAGAAAGGGUUGGAUGUGAAGCAGUCUGGAUGUGCGGGAGAAUAGAGCACUGUUGAUCGGUGCUUUGGGUAUAAAAAACUUAUCCUGCCAUUUACAGGACUGCGGAAAGACGGUCUGAACAUGAAAGUGACCCUUUAUUCAUUAACUGAGCAUAUUUGCUGUAUCAACCCUUAAGAUUAUAUUUUUUUUGUUUGAUUUUUUCCAAUAAAGUGCAAGCUUCAACUCUUC